CAACUUAAGGGAAAUUGUGAACUUCUAAUUUAAUAUUUUAAUGUGAUGUUUUUACAGCGAUUUAAAAUAUUCGAAGUAAUUUUCUUUAUUAUAAUUUUUUAGUUAUAUUAUUGAUUUAGCAAAUAAAAAUAUGAUAACCUUAUUUAUAAUAAUCCCAUACUUUUACAAUACAGUUUUGAUAUAACGUAAUUCAUAAAUUGUAACGAUCUUUAUAUAAUGCAGUACUUAUACAAUAAUUUCGAUAUAACAAUUUAUAUUUACAUGAUAGAUAAAAUUUAUAUUUAAAAAUAUUGUUUCAAAAUAUAUAUUCAUUUUUUAUAUAUAAUGUAAACAUAAUGCGAUUUUUAUAGCAUAAUAUUUUUGUGAAAUCUAAAUGUUAUAUUAUUAUGAGCAAUUACUUGUAGUACAAGAAGUUUUGUAUAAAACGAAAAAGAGACAUAGAUCAACGGAUUAUUUUAUUCUCAUGUUUUUGUUUAUCGUUAUUUAAAAUUAUAUGAUCUUUUUAGAUGUUAAAUUAUCAACCAAUACAUAUGCUUAUUUACAUAAUUAUAUUGGAUCUAUCAGAAAUAACCAAUCAAAUCUAAAUUUUUUCUUCUAAGUGCUUUCUUUUUAGUUGUGCACAAUUACCAAGAUAAUAUAAAUUUAAAAUUUGACAGAUAAAUUGCUUCACGUGUUUCAACCAAAACUUUUUGUAAUAAUGGUUUAUUAUUUUACAAGUGAAGGUAAUAAUAUUUAUCAUUGGUUUCAUAUUUAGUUUGUGCAACCACCAGUAACAUUAUUUAUGGGAGUUGAUCAAUAUGAAAAUGAAGAUCUUAUUAGAUGGGGAUGGCCAGAAGAUGUUUGGUUUCAUGUUGAUAAAUAUUCUUCAGCACAUGUAUACCUUCGUCUUCAUCUUGGACAAACAAUAGAUGAUAUACCUAGUGCAGUUUUAGAAGAUGCUGCACAAUUAGUAAAAGCAAAUAGUAUUGAAGGAAGUAAAAUGAAUGAUGUUGAUGUAGUAUAUACAAUGUGGUCAAAUCUGAAAAAAACACAAGGAAUGGAAAUAGGAGAAGUUGGUUUCCAUAAAGAUAAAGAUGUUCGAAAAAUUCAUGUUACAAAACGAAUAAAUACUAUUAUUAAUCGAUUGAACAAAACUAAACGUUCAGAACAAGUAAAUUUAAGAGCAGAAAGAGAACAACGAGACAAAAAUGAAAGAGAAGAUAAAAAGAAACUUUUAAAAGAACAAAAGGAAAGAGAAAAGGCAGAAGAAAAACGGAGAAAGGAAGAAGCAGAAAUGAGGAGUUAUAAUUCUUUAUUUAAUACAUCUAAUAUGACAUCAAAUACAGAAAAUAGUGGAUAUGAUUCAGAUGAUUUUAUGUGAUUAAAUUAUUAAUAUUAUUUGUAAUUUUUGUGCCUAUUUACUAUAAUUUAGUAAUAGAUAAAUAUAUUUAAAAGAAAAAUUAUUAUGUAUAACUUUGAAAUUUAAUUUGGUUAAUUGUUUUGUAAAAAAGUAUUUAUAAGAUCUUUAUAAAAAUUUAAAACAAAAUAAUGAGAAAAUUAAUAAAAUUUUAUAAAAUUCAAUUAAAAUAUAUAUAAAUUUUGCAUAAAUUACAAAACUAUAUUAAACAUUUAACAUUGAAAUUUUUUUUUACAUAGUUUUCUUACAUGUUAAGUGUAUUAAUAAUUAAUUUAUAAUUAAUUAUUAAUUAUAAAUUAUUAAUAAUUAAAUUAAUCAAAAAUAUAUCUUAAUAUAUAAAUACUUAUUUUGUAUAAACUAUUCACAAGUGAUAAUUUUUAUUGAUAUUAUAUUUAUAUAUUGAUAUUAUCAAUAAUUAAAAAAAAAAAAUUAGUUAUUAUAAAAUCAAAUAUCAAAUAUUAUUAUAAUUUAUUUCUGUAAUAUAUAUGUAUUGAAAAAGAAAAAUUUUAUUAUGAAAAUAAAUUACAUCUCUUAUAAUAAUAUAA